GACCUAGCAUAUAUAUCUAGCAUUCAACCGGGUAUAUACCUAGAUCUGAUGCGAUAUGGGGGGCUUGUCCACCUUGUUCUGCUUCAGGGCCUCCGGUGGCUUGUCAAGGAAGAAGUUGCGAAACACAGCUCCAAGCCCAGGCCAAAUUUCCUUCCACGUCCAGGUCAGUGCCAAUCCACUCUCAUCGUGUAGGAAUAUUAUUGCCCCCCAUGAAGCUUUGCCCGGACCUCAAGUGGGCAUUGCCUCCACUCCUGACGAGAAACACACCGGCUAUGAGCCCUCCCCAUGGGGUGACUUCUUCAUCGGAUACAAGCCACUGCAGGGGUCAGAAGAAUGGAUGAUUGUGAGAGUCCAUGAACUGAAGGAGGACGUCCACAUGUUGUUCAAGAAUUGCAACAACGCAACGGCAAGAAUGUUCUUACUGGAUACGCUCCAACAUCUUGGGAUAGAUCACCACUUUGAAGACCGGAUCGAUGCCGUGUUAACCGAAAUCAUGGAUAGUGCUGAAUUGAGUAACUCAUCUAGCCUCCAAGAGGUUGCUCUUCGGUUUCGCUUGCUUAGGGAGCAUGGGUAUUGGGUAUCUCCAGAUGUUUUCAACAAAUUCAGGGCUGACGAUGGGAGCUUCAGCAAGUAUCUAACUAAUGAUCCAAGGGGUCUAUUAAGUUUAUACAACGCAGCUCAUCUUCUCGCUCAAGGUGAACCAGUACUCGAAGAAGCGAUCACUUUUGCAAAGCAUCAUCUCGAAUCAAUGAGUGGCAGUCUAAAGUCCCCAUUAGCUGAGGAAGUCAAACGUGCCCUUCACAUACCAUUGCCAAGGACCUGUAAAAGGGCAGAAACACUGCAUUACAUCUCGGAGUAUGAAAAAGAGGAAGGGCACGACCCAAUUCUUCUGGAACUCGCAAAACUGGAUUUCAACCUCCUUCAGCAUGUCCACUUGAAGGAAUUGAGAGCUAUCACCGAGUGGUGGAAACAUUUUUCUGGAAACAUUGGGUUAAGCUAUAUUCGUGAUCGUGUGGUGGAGAGUUACACUUGGUCCUAUGUGCUAUACUAUGAGAAAGGCUAUGAGUUCCCCCGAAGUAUCAUCACCAAGAUGAUUGUUCUAAUUACCACGAUAGAUGACACGUAUGAUAUUCAUGCAACCAUAGAGGAAUGCCGGAAGCUACGUCAAGCAAUACAAAGAUGGGAUGAGGGCGCCAUUUCUGUUCUGCCAGAGUACCUCAAGAAGUUGUACAUUGAGUUAUUGAGGACCUUCAAGAAUAUUGAGACCGAAAUGCCAAUUAAUAUCAACUUCGAUAUUGCUUACCUCAAGAAAGCGAUUCAAAAUAAUGUGACUGGUUAUCUCCAAGAAGCUGAAUGGUCACACGAAAAUCACAAGCCAAGCUUCAAAGAACAGAUUAACUUGACUAGUGUGACAAUAGGCACACCCACAUUAUGUGUGUGUAUGGCUGCUGGCAUGGAUAACAUGACAAUGAGGCAGACACUCGAGUGGACAAGUGGUGUCCCCGGUCCUGUCGUAGCAGCGGCAAAGAUUCGCCGAAAGUGUAAGGGAGAUGUGCCAAGCACCGUAGAGUGUUACGUCAACGACCAUGGCGUUACAGGCGAGGUGGCCAUUACAAGAAUUGAUACACUCUUAGAAGUUGAAUGGAGAACUCUGAGCCAGGCUCGCUUUGAAAACCGUGCGAUGCUCCCAGCACUGCAACGGAUUAUCGGCUUAGCCCGUAGUGCGACUUUCUUCUAUGAUAACAGGAACGAUUCGUACACUGUCAGCAUGCAUCUCCAUAAGACUAUCGAGAGAUUCUUCGUCAAGCCAAUCUAGGGUGGUCUAAGCCCCAAUUAGUUGAUGCAUACAACAUACUCUAAGAAAUUAUUUACACAGUUGAUAUAUUGUACGCCGUUGAUU